GCCGGUAUACAAUGGUUGGCGUAUUCACCAAAUGGCACCGUGACAGGCGAUGUGGUUUUUUGCGGACAAGGCAAUGAAAAGGAGUAUCAGUAUCUCCAAAGUCAGGGAUUUCACUCAAAGUAUGGAAAAAUUGCUCUACUCCGCUAUGGAGGCAGUUUUCGCGGUAACAAAGUCGCAAUGGCACAGCAGUACGGUGCCAUUGGUGCGAUUCUCUACUCGGAUCCGGCUGAAGUGGCGCCCAACGGCACCUUAGAAAAAGACGUGUACCCAAAUACCGUGUAUAUGCCUGAGCAUAGUGUUCAACGAGGUACGCUCCAUAUCGGCAAUGGAGACGUUCUGUCGCCGUUGUAUGCUGGAAAGCCAAACUUGUGGAAAACCGGAUCGGUGGAGAAGGGUCGUGCAAAUGGAGACAUUCCCUUCAAUCCCUGCUCUCCCGAUCUCGUACACGUCGCCAUGGCGCUUCUUUCGAGGCUAGGCGGAGGGCUGAAUAUCACCUACAACUUGGGACCUGGUCUGAAGGACAACAUGAAGACAACUAUGCUUGUUAAUGGGCACUUUGAAGUAAAGCAAAUCCGAAACGUAAUCGGCUAUAUACACGGCAAUGAAGAGCCGGAUCGCUAUGUGAUCCUUGGGAAUCAUUAUGAUGCUUGGACAUAUGGUGCGCUGGAUCCCAAUUCCGGCACAUCCAUUCUUGCCGAGGUGGCCAGAGCCAUGAUGCAAGUGGUGAACGAAACCGGAUGGCGCCCAGCACGAUCACUGAUGUUUGCUGCUUGGGAUCUGAGGAAUAUGGUCUCCUCGUUCGAUCCGAAUUUUUGUCGAAGACUUCCACAAGGAGUUGCUCACAUGAAGAAAAGAGCAUUUGUUGAGUCUGUGCCUUCGCUCCAGGACCAAGCCAUUCAGGCAGCGAAGCACAUCAAAAAUCCAAGACAAGAUGAAAAAGAUGUGAACGGAACAACAGUUUUUGACGCUUGGUUGCAUUAUAUGAAAGAUACUCGAAUCCGGGUCUCCCCCGAAUUCCCACUCCUUCUGGAGGAUCUGAUCAGAAAUCGUUUAUGGAAUACUUGGACGUAUCCGCUUUAUCACACCUUGUACGAGACGCCGUUCCUCAGCGAACAUCUUAUGGAUGUCAACAACUUCGCUAUCCAUAGGGCAACUGCUCAAUUCUGGAUCGAGCUAGCUCUGCGAAUAGUUGAUGCGCCCACGAUACCUUACAGCUUGCACACACUCGCAACGAGACUUCAGUCGGAAUAUAUUCCUGAUCUAGCGACUUCCAUCAUGUCAUUGAACAUGACAUACACUAAGGAUGGAUAUGCUCAGCUGUUACAAAUGGCGACAUCUUCUGCUCAAUUUGAGGUAGCUACCAGACAGGAAGAGGCUAUACCUCGUCCACGGAGUAUGAAUCCGUUGAUAAGAAGCCGCUAUAAUGACAAGCUGAUCAAUGUGGAGAGAUGUUUUGUCAAUCCACGAGGUACACCAGAUGACGCCACUGCUCGUCAUGUGCUCUUUUCAAUCAGCAGAACGGACAGUUAUGCAGGACGAGUAAUGCAGCAAGUUUACAAAGUG